AUGUCUCACAAUUUCCGCUCUUCGUUAGGCUUUUGGUUUCUCAAUUGCAGCAGUUUCGAUACAUGACAGACAUCACAAAACAGCCUUUCUUUAUGACUGUUUUCUUUCUUUGGUACUUCCUCAGUCUGGUGGGGGUGGGGAAGUACAGAAGAAACAGGAUGACGCUGGAACAGUGAGAGUUAGAUUUCCGAGGCCUUGGGAGGGAGUCUUGAUUCACACAGGGAGAAUGCUGUGAUCUGGCUCAUCCUGUUCCACUGUAAACUGCCCAAGAAGUGGAGGGACAGCAGCUCAGUGUGCCUUCUGGAUUUAAGAAGCUGAAGGCAUGUCUCUUCCCCGACAACUGCGAGAAAAGAGUGACUUUGACCAGCUUCCAGACGAUGUACCUGUUUCAGCUAACAUUGCAGAUAUUGAAGAGAAGAAAGGCUUUACUAAUUAUUUUAUGUUUGUUAUUGAAGUGAAGAUUAAAGGUGGCGGCAGAUACCUGAUUUUCCGCCGCUACCGUCAGUUCUAUGCCCUUCAUGCCAAACUAGAGGAGAGAUAUGGGACAGAGAGCAAAAAUAGCCCUUUCACCUGCACACUCCCCAUACUUCCAGGGAAGGUUUAUGUUGGGGCCAAAAAAGAGAUUGCUGAGAACAGGAUCCCUAUCCUAAAUGCCUACAUGAAGAAUCUACUCUGCCUACCCAUAUGGGUGUUGAUGGAUGAAGAGGUGCGGCUGUUCUUCUACCACUCAACCUUUGAUAGUGAACAGGUGCCUCAGAGACUGAGACGGCUUCGCCCACGGACACGCCGAGUUAAAAGCGUUUCACCCCAAUUGCCUAUAUUUGAUCGCAUGGCAACUCCACGGGCUGAGGCACUCUUUGAUUUUUCUGGAACCAAUAAACUGGAACUCAGCUUUAAGAAGGGAGACUUGAUCUAUCUACUCAGCAGAAUAAACAAAGACUGGUUGGAGGGAACAGCUCAUAGUGCCACUGGGAUUUUCCCCUGUGCUUUUGUGAAGAUCAUAAAAGAUUUACCACAGCAGGAAGACACAGUUAAUAGAGUACGCUGUUAUUACCAUGAGGAGACAGUGAGCACUAUCAGGGAUAUCUUGGUGGAAGAGGAUCUGAGCAGCAUUCCAUUAUUCAAAGAUCUAAUGGAAUUAAUAAGGCGGGAGUUUGAUCAAGACGACAUUGUUUUGAAUUACCGGGACCUUGACGGUGAUCUGAUUCGGCUGCUCUCUGAUCAGGAUGUUGAACUCAUGGUGUCUCAGAGCAAAAGGAAGCCAACCGAGAAACAUAUCUUCCCUUGGAAGUUGCACAUCACUCACAAGGAUGACUUAAGUGUCUACAACACUAAUCCAGGAACAGGUGCUAUUCAAAUAGUAAGAGCAACAUGACCACUACAGAGAGAUGUUCCAGUAGAUAGCUAUAUCAUCCUUCUGUGAUUCCCCCUCUACAGAAAAUAUCCUUUAACAAGUGUUUGAGGUGAGCUUGAAAAAAAUAGCAUUUAAUAAUGUAGUACUUUUCAAUGUAAAAUCUAUACUUAGUUAACUUCUUCAGCUUUUCAGCACUCCUGUGUACUAGAGAUAUCUAUAUGAAGACCAGAGAAACUAAGGAACAGAAAAGUAAAAUCACUGGCCACGUUCACAAAGCAAGUCAACGUUAGCCUGAAAUAGAUGUUUGGUGUCCUGAGCUCCAAGACCUUCUUUAAUUUCCAUCCUCUCUCCUAGAGCCACUUAUUUGUCCAGAAUGUCUUCAUAAGCUUUUUUUCUAGUACUGCCAUAAUUUUCUCUUCACCUGCUGGAAUGAAUGUUUGUUUGCUAAUGCUUAUGAAUGCAGUGAUUAUUUCUGUCAUCUGGGUGUCUGACUGGUCAUUCAGAGUUUGUUAUGGAAGCAUCAAGAAAACUUUUUGUUAUUUCAGUGAAGAAAUUGCAGCCGACCUUUGCUUCCAUCUUUCCAUUCGUCAAUAUUUUAAAUUCUGUAGAUUAAACCUAGUUCAAAUGCAGUGUUACUCGUAAACUUCUUAUAAUUGUGCAGAGUAUUUAGUUCCACAUUCUGGGAUAAUUUGUUUGAUACCUAUCCAAAUAACAAUUUCUUCUCUGUCUGUUUCUUCUUCUGCUUCCUGGCACUGCAUCACAAAGCAGGACUAACAAGAAAUUACUGUAUCAGAUUCUUCAACAAGUAAAGUCACAUAUAAGUUUAUUUUAUCAGUUUUUAUUCAAAUGUUUAUUUUGAAAUAAUUCACAAAUUAAUUCAUGAAUUUGUGAAAUAAUUCAUUCUCCUUUUUUUUCCCUUGAAAACGAGGUAAUUUUGAAGAGUUUGAAUGUUAUCUUUUCAGCCUUUCUUAAACAGAGUUGGUUAUUAAAAAAAUGAUCUUGCAAUUGCUUCUUUAAUGGUCAUGCAGUCAAAAAUAUUUUCUUACUGAACAAAUUUACUGCUGCUUGUAAGUAUUAUUUAUGUUAUGUAUCUUUUACAUAAAUUGUAUCAUACCUAAGAUGCUACAUUUUAAAAACACCAUGCAGUCAUGCAAUUAAAAGGAUACCAUUAUGUAUAGAUACAAUCAGUAAAAAUAAGAAAUUAAAAGAGGUUUCAAAUACCAUGCUUCUGAUUCACCUGUUGGUUUCUGUGAUGUUAAAUAGACAUCCACUUUUUAAGAAAUAUUUGUCCUUGGUCUGCUGCUAAAAUUCAUACAGAAGAAAGGGAAGACUGGCAAUGUUUCUGAAGGUACUAAAAGUCAGUUAUCUGACCAUGCACAAAUAACCUCUCUCUCCUAAAACUGGCAAAAUAAUGUUUUCUUUUUUCUGUUUCUUAGAUGUUACUUGUAAUGUUAUCAGGUAACAAGAUCUUCAACAACAACAAAAAGUUAAAUAUUACUUAUCCCUUAAACUUUGGCUUUUUUUCCUGAUGUGUUUACAUGAGUUUAUACAUAAGUUUAUGUAUAUAAACUUUAAUAAUCUAUUAUCUGCAGCCUUGCAUUUAUGAAUGUAACAAUGUACUGGAAAUGAAGAUGAGAGCUUAUAUUUAUAGAUAAGCAUAUACUUUGCUAGACUGGGAUCCACAGACCAUUUAUUGCAUCAUACUUUAUUAAGUGCAUAGUUCUAUCUGUAUAUUAACGGUGUACAGACUCAUAAUAAGAAAAUGCUCCUUCUCCAAAGAAUUGUAAGGUAUGCUACAGGCCACCUCUCUACUCCAGGUAAAAAAGUUCCAGCUGAUUAAAUCCACACAUACUAAAUUUCAGAGCUAAAUAACAUAUUCAGAAGAGACACAGAUUAUGCUUUCCUUUUUCCCAUGGUCAAAGU